AACUGUUUCCAAAAAGUGACAGUGCUUACUCCUUCGCGUGAUGACGCAAAGAGCGUAGUGACGUACGACAGCCAUCUUACUGAAUUUGGAGAGUAUCAGCAACAGCAGAGUCGACUUCAGGAACUUGGAGUUACCCCUUCAGAGCACCCAGAUAUCUCUAGACAUUUAACGUAAAGCAUUAAAAAUGGCAGCAGAAACCCAGACACUUAACUUUGGACCAGAAUGGCUUCGUGCAUUAUCAAGUGGAGGAAGUGUCACAUCCCCACCCCCUUCACCAGCUUUGCCAAAGUACAAAUUAGUAGAUUAUCGUUAUGGAAGAGAAGAAAUGUUAGCACUUUAUGAAAAACAUAACCGGGUUCCAACAGAGCUACGGGAUAAAGAGUUUGAACCGAUUGUUGAAGAAGAGCCCCUGCCACCACUGGCACUUGUACCGUUUACUGAAGAAGAGCAGAGAAAUUUCUCAAUCUCUGUGAACAGCUUAGCAGUUCUUCGGUUAGCAGGACGUGGAGGAGGAACAGUGGUAGGGGCUGUUCGAGGUCGAAGUUCCUCCAGAGGUAGAGGUCGAGGGCGAGGAGAAUUCUACCAAAGAAGCUUUGAUGAGGUUGAUGGUGGAUUUGGUCGCAAUGGAAAAGAAAUGCACAGAUCACAAAGCUGGGAAGAGAGAGGGGACAGACGGUUUGAUAAAGCUCGAAGCAGAGAGCCUGGUAGAGUGGGUUUUGAAGAUAAUGGCACAGUGGCAGGGAAGAAGCAUGAAUACAUUAGAUCAGAAAGUGAGAACUGGCGUCUAACCCGUGAUGAACAGAAUGGCGAGGAUGAGGAUGGAAGUCGGCGUAUUGCAGCGUCCCGCAGACAGGAGGGAGAGAAGUGGCGACCCAGUAGUCCAGGUACAGAAACGAAUGGCCCUCGGUCAGCAGGUUGGCGAGAGGGUGUUGACCGACGAAGACGCUUUGACUUUGAAUUUCGAGAGAGAGAUGAGGAGAAAGCUUCCAAUCGCACAAACAGUGGAAGUGUUGAUGAUGAUAGGGAAUGUCUACCGGAAUGGUGUCUUGAAGACUCUGGAAGGGAGAUGGGGACAUUUGAUUCCUCAGGGGCCUUUCUUUCUCUGAAGAAAUCAUCAAAAGAGCCAAUCCCAGAGGAACAGGAAAUGGAAUUCAGAGCUGUGGAAGAACAAGCAGAGUUGCAAGAAUCUGGGAAUCCGCACGAGGAAUGUGGAAACCAUAGUCCUGCUGUAAUAAAAAAAACAGAAGUAAGGGAGACUGCUGCUGAAAAUGAUGAACAAACGGUACUCUCAGAGAAAAAAACAGUCUCUGAAUCAUUACCAGCUCCUAUGGAGCCACCACUCCCAGAGAAUGUUACUGCCCCUCUGCUGGUGAGGAAGAAAGAGGAGGUGGAAAAGGCCUUGCCUGAACCAGUGGGCAUCCCAAAGCCAGUUGAAAGCAAGCCCGAGCCCAACAUGGUGCAGAGUAAGCCUGAAGUUCGUGAAGUGACUGUGAAAACCUCAGCUAUCCUAGCAGAGAUGGCUAAUGUUGCUACAGCUGCAGAAAACUCCACUCAACGCUCCACUACUGUAGUUGCUGUACCCCAAGAAAAUAAAAGCACUUUUGCAGAUGAUGAUGAUGAGGGACUGAAACGUCUAGAGAGGGAAAUGAACCAAGAAGCUGAAAAAAUGGUGGCAUAUUUGCAAGACAAUGCACUUGAUGAUGAAUUGCUCAUGAGAAAAAUUCAAGAGCAUAACGUAAAAGAAUUGUUAGUGCUGCAAAAUCAAGAUUCUCUGCAGAAGUGGUUUUAUAAAGACCCUCAAGGAGAGAUCCAAGGGCCGUUUAGCAACAAAGAGAUGGCAGACUGGUAUACUGCAGGGUACUUUCCCCAGAGUCUUCUGGUAAAGAGGGUUGGAGGUGAUAGAUUUCAACCCCUCCGCGACAUCAUUCAGAUGCUGGGGCGAAACCCCUUUGUAGCAGGAUUUGGUCCCCCAGCGAUUAGAGUGCUUGAUGAAGUUGAAAAGGAACAGCUGAAGCGCCAACAGGAACUUGCUACUUUGCUUCAGAUUCAGCAUCUGCAUUACCAGCAGGUGCUUUUAAGCACCGGAGCAGCAAGGUCAGAGCAUCUACAUUCAGGUAAUCAGAAGAAAAGAAAAAUGUCAGAUAUCCCCCUACUCUGUACAGUAAGCCUCAGCCAGCAGUAUCAACAGCUUUUAGCUCAGCAGCAACAGAAGACAGCCAUGACAGCAGGACAGCAGCAGCAACUUGCACUCCUACUCCAGCAGUACCAAGCCUUAAAGUCAAGGUCAGCCCGGAGUUGCAGACAUGAAGUACACAAUGAAAAUAAAGUGGAAUUGGUUACACAAAGAUCUUCGGAACAGGCUGUUAUCUCCCCUGUAACAAGAUCAAUGUCUGUGCCUGAUACUGGUUCAGUAUGGGAGGUGCCAACCACAUUGUCACAACCUGCAGGUUGGGAAGGAGGCAGUGUGUGGGAUCUCCCUGUUGAGCCAUCAACAAACCAGGCUAUGGAGCAUGUACAGCAGCUCGAAAAAGCAAAGGCAGCUAAGCUUGAACAAGAAAGGAGGGAGGCAGAGCGUCGGGUAAAAAAGGAGGAAGAAGAAAGAAAACUACAAGAGGAGAUGCGUCAAAAACAGCAGAAGGAAGAGCUGAAACGGAGGGAAGAGGAACUUGCCCAUCGAAAACAGGAAGAAGCUCGGAAACGACAGUUAGAACAAGAGGCUGCACUUAGACUGCAACGUGAAGAAGAAGAGAGGAAGAAGCAGGAAGAAAGGAGAAAACAGGAAGAAACUCUCCGAUGUUUAGAAGAGAGUAGACGGGAAGCAGAAGAAAGGCAACGGAAAGAAGAGCUUCAGCGUAAACAGGAAGAAGAAGCAGCAUUGAAGUGGGCCCAGGAAGAGGCUGAGGCACAACGACGGCGAGAAGAGGAGGCACUUGCUGCCAAAUUACAUCAGGAAGAGGAGGAGAGAAAGCGGAAGGAGCAGGAGAGGCAGAAAGAACUGCUGAGACAGAGGCAGCAGGAAGCACUAAGAAAGUUGCAGCAACAGCAGAUGGCACAAAUGAAACUUCCCUCGUCUUCUACGUGGGGUCAUUCAGCAGCAGCAGCAGUAGCCCCAGUCUGUCAGCAGUCUCAGAAUGCUUUGUCCUUGGCAGAAAUUCAGAAGCUAGAAGAAGAAGGAGAGAGGCUACAACGGGAAGAGCAACAGCGGCAUCAGAAAGAGUUAAUGAAGGUACUACAACAGCAGCAGCAGCAGCAAAAGCUAUUUGGGUGGGCCAGUGUUCCAAAAAACCCCAUCUGCACCAAAUCACUCCUGGAGAUCCAGCAGGAGGAGGCAAGGCAGAUGCAGCAGCAGCAGCCUCACCGGACACAUUCUAACCUACUUAACAACUCUGGGCACCCUGUUUGGCAAUCUGUGAACACAAGCCCUACAAACCACUGGUCAUCUGAUAUGAGCAGUAUAUGGGGAGCUGCUGACACAAAGAAUGCAAAUUUAGGUUUCUGGGAUGAUGCCAUUAAAGAGGUGAUACCACCCACUUCAUCUGCCAAAAUUAAUAAGAGCACUGUGAAUCUCAGAACACAGGGCCUUACAGUUAAGCAGAACAAGAAGGCAGAGGAGGAGAAAGAGAAAGUGAAGAGACUGUUCCAAGAAAUGACAAAAGCAAAAGAUGACUUUACUCAGUGGUGCGAACAGAUGCUAAGUGUCCUCAGCAGUCCCAACGAUUUGGAUGUUCCAACAUUUGUUGCUCUCUUGAAAGAAGUAGAAUCCCCUUAUGAGGUCCAUGACUAUGUUAGAAUCUACCUCGGAGACACGCCCGAUACCAAGGAGUUUGCAAAGCAAUUCUUGGAACGACGUGCCAAACAGAAAACAAGCCAACCAUGCCAACAGCAGAGGGUACCCCUGCAGUCAUGCACAGAGUCUGUACAGCCGGGGAAGAAGAAAAAGAAGCAAAAAAUGGUGAAAGCAGAUCCUCGGCUUUUAGGAUUUUCAGUAAAUGCUUCAUCAGAACGUCUCAAUAUGGGUGAAAUUCAGACGCUGGAGGACUGACAUUCUGCAGCAGGACUGCUAGACACUGGUUAACCUCAGACUCUGGACUUAGCAAACAUGGGCCUUCCAUUCUCUUCUUGGCUUUUCCUUUUACCAGUCACUACAUCAACAGAUGCCUUCAUUUCAGCACUACUGCACCUCUGCACGCAAUCCCUGGGACUGUGGAAUAGUUAAGACCUACUUCCCCAGAGGCAUGGCAUGGCUAGGGAUUUCUCUGUUUGUGGCUCAUAAGAGAAUGUGUUGUGCUUUCUUCCAGCUGUAUAACUUGGUGAGGGCAGUGGAAGCAGUGUUUCAGUCCUAGUUAUAUUUAUAUUUAAAAAUAAACUUUAUUUGCUACCAGUUCAAGUAGCACAUGCUUCAUUGAGAGACUGCUGCCUUUUGAGCUAUUGUCUGCUUUUGCAGUUCACUCAUUUGCACACUGAUGUGAACUUCUGGUUAACAGACUGACAUCAUCAAAGAUGGUUUUAACUUCAGGACUGCAUGCAUAUAUGCUAACCCAUACACAAGCUGCAGCUGGAGUGAGUUUUAAAACACAGUUGGCCUUAGUACACGGAUCAUGACUUUCUUAAGGAAAAUGCUAAAAGUUUGCCCCAUCCACAAAUGGAUGCAGGACCGCAGAACCCAUUCAGCAGCAUAACUGCAUUAUUCCCCAUUUUGUAGCACUAGGCUUUUAUUGGCACAUUACAAAACACAGUGCUGCUUUCUUUCCUAAAGUGCUGCAUUGCAUUCUCUUUUCAUGUGCCAAGCCUGCAAGAGAGGAGUUCUGUUCUGUGGUGUGUCAUGUAGUGUCUCCUUCGGGAAGGUGGACGUCUUUUAUUUCAGGCCUUCUCAGAAGUGAACCCAUUUGUCCAGGCAUAAUAUCACACACUGAUGAUUUCAAGAGCUGGCUAAAAGCAGUAAUGUUUUAUUGUAGCAUUACAUUCGUACUGCUCUCAAGUUUUGUAAUUUUAAAAGUGUGUUAACCAUGAAAUGAGAAGUUGCACUCUGCUAAUAAUGGUUGAUAUCCUCCUGACUUACAGUUGACAUUGCAUAUGUAAUGGGGUAGUAGCCACAGGCAGUUCAGUGAUGGAAUGUCUCAAGGAACACCUGGUAUUUGAGAAUGCAUUGAAAAGAGGCAAGAGUUCCUUCAUUCAAAUUGCACUGGCAAAAAAAAAAUUAAUAUGCUGAACACACAUUAUUGUCUGUAUUUCAGAAAGGUGUUUGGCUGCAGUUUAAUCCAGUAAAUGAUGGAUUUGGCUGUUUAGCUUGUCAGCUGUGCUAGUCUACAGAAGUUUCAGGUAUGAUAUGUUAUUUCACAACCUUUUUGUUUAUUUUGUUGGGUUUAUGCCUAAUACUUUUCAGUGUGCUGUAUGAACAGUAGCACUGUUAGGAAAAGCAGGCACAUCUUCUGUGUUCCUUCCACUGCAUAAGCUAUUACCUUGGUUCUUUGUACACUUGUAGGCCCUGUUUUUUUUGUUUGCCUGACAGAAGUUAGCAAACAGAAGAUAGUGAGUGCUACUCAGCAGAGGUCAGACGUCAGGCCACAGUACUGUGUGUCUGCCAAAAAGUACAGAACUAGCACUGUCCAUUUUCUUAAGUGGUCUGGUAGAGAUCACCUCCUUUUGAAAUUCAUGAUACAGAAAGUUUCAGAAGUAUAACUGUGCUCUCCUAUUUAUGCAAAAUGCUGUAUACUGGAAUUUCAGCGUAGAUGUGGUGCUCAGUGGGGUGCACUGAAACUAUUUGAAGAAAUUUGUUUACUGUGUACUUUUAAUUUGGGAUUGUUUUAUUAGUCCACACAAUAAUAUUGUACCAUUGGGGUGGCCUUGUAAUACUUCAUUAGUUUGGCCAUUUAGUAGUACACCAUCACCACUGGGUCACCCAUUGAGCCAGCCAUGUUUGUAAUACUGCACUGUAGAGCUGUCCUUAUUGCGGUACUGUGCCAUGGGACUAACCAUAUCCAAGUACCACACUUUCUGACAGGCUAUGUUUAUUCUGUCAUCAGACUAGCUGUAUUGUAGUAGUGUAUCAUGGGACUGUUUUUAUGCUGCUUCAUGUUGUUUGUGUCGUAAUGCCGUCAAGCCAGCCAUGUAGUAGAAGUAUUGUUUCAGCUGGUGCCCAUUACGGUAGUACUCCAUCCAGUCAUAGUUGACCAGCCCCAGGAGCCAUCAGGCCAGUCAUGUUGUAGUGCUACUCCAUCCUGCUGUUCUGUAGUCUGUGAUAUCAGGCCACCAUGGUUUAUAACUGCACUAUCAUUCCGACCAUAUCCUAUUACUGAGCCAUUAGACUGGCCAUAUUGUCUGUGGACUGUAGUUUAUACAUACCAUCUUUUCAUCAGGCAUGGGGCAGUUCCCAGAAGAUACCUUGUUACAAGACAUUUCCCAAAAUUGUUUAUCAGUACACUGUUGUGAACAUGUAAUGUGCUAAGGUCAUUUUCCCUUAGAUUCCAACAGUUUACAUUGAUUAUAGUUGCGAUGACAUUGUGAUGAUCUCCUUUUAGGGUUAUUCUAUUGCCCUAAAAUGUAACGUUUUGUUUGGUUAUCCUGAAAUAUUAACAGUGUGUCAGUUUUUGUGGUUAAAGGUGUUUGCUCCUUACUGGUUUGUUUACUAAACGAAGAACUGAGAACCAUUUCUUUUGUCCGUGGGAGGCAGGGUAGUUUUCGUGACAUCUGCUGGUAAUUAAGAACUGGUAACAGCAAUGUAAAGAAAAUCAUGUUGCCCUUUGGUUAAACAGUUACUGUUAAGCCCUGUUUCACUCCUGAGAAGCACCUGUCAUUUUGAAAACUGAUUUUUUUUUUUUUUUUUUUUGGUCAUUGUAACAGGUACAGGUGAUUCCUCUGUUGUGCAACUAACACUGUAAAGUCAGCUGUGUGAUGCAAGGUAGAAUGCACUUCAUUUAAAACUGUUUAAAAUUACAGUAGUGAGCCUGGUGUUUGGAAAGAGAGCAACUCUACGGUGAAGGUGUUAAGUAAUCACUUAAUUUAUUUUCAAAUAAGGGAAAUCAUUAGACAGUUUAAAGUCUUUAAUAUACUUCAUUCAGGUUCUGCUUUCACUAUUCUUUUGAACACCUUUAGCAUGGCACAUAUCUUGCAGUGGCAUUGUGUCCUUACCAAGUGAUGAUCCUGUUGCUGUGGUCCGGGCCAUGCACAUAAUUAUAGGCCCAAAAUACUACCCCUUUCUCAUGCUAACAUUGCCUCACUUCCAGUUGACCAUUACUACAUGACAUUGUGGAAUGGGACUUUGUUGUGUUAAUUGGAGUUUGCACUCAGCACAGACUGUUAAAGGCGCCUCUGUGAAGAUUUUUUUUUAAUUUUAUUUGAUAUCUUCCCUUUAUUUGUUCAGUCACUCCCCAGAGAUUGCUGCAUACUUGUACAUAGUUCUGAUUAAGUGGGGGGCAGCAGGGGGCAGUGUCAGGAGCUGGUAACCAGAACUGUUAGCCCUAUUCUGCCCCCCACUGUGUACAUUUGAAAGGGGGGUAGUAAAAUGUUUACAAAUAUAUGAGCUCUUUCAUAUCUUUUUCCAGUGUGAAAAGAGAGAGAGAGCGAAAGAGAAGCGUAAUAAAAUAUACUUGUAUCUUAA